CGAAUGAAAAACGGCUUCGUGGAAAUUCUGAAAGGAGUGUUGAGCCGAAAGACCGGCGUUUUCACAUGGUAAAAACAUGGCUAUUUAUACGUGGAAUGUAUGCUUAUUUCUCCUCCAGUUGUCAUUAACUGUAUUAGCAGGGAGGGACUUUUACAAAAUCCUUGGAGUGCCUCGAGAUGCUUCUACCAACCAAAUCAAGAAGGCAUACAGGAAAUUAGCUAUGCAGUAUCAUCCUGAUAAAAACAAGGAUGAUCCAGAAGCUAAUGAAAAAUUUCAAGAUCUUGGUGCUGCAUAUGAGGUUCUUUCGGAUGAGGAUCAGAGAAAGACCUAUGAUGCACGAGGCGAAGAAGGUUUGAAGGAUAUGGGCCAUGGACAUCAUGGGGACCCAUUCUCAAGUUUCUUUGGAGACUUUAGUUUUGCUUUUGGUGGUGGAGGUGGGCAGAAGAGAGGUCAUGACAUUCCAAAGGGAGAUGAUAUCACUGUUGACCUUGAUGUCACCUUAGAAGAGCUCUACACUGGAAAUUUUGUUGAGGUUGUGAGAUAUAAGCCGGUAGCAACACAAGCACCCGGAAAGAGGAAAUGUAACUGUCGUCAAGAAAUGCAGACUGUGCAACUAGGUCCAGGCAGAUUCCAGAUGACACAGAAAGAAGUCUGUGAUGAUUGUCCAAAUGUCAAAUUUGUUAAUGAAGAGAAGCUUCUUGAGAUAGAGGUUGAAGCUGGAAUGCGUGAUGGUCAAGAAUAUCCAUUUAUAGCAGAAGGUGAACCACAUAUUGAUGGGGAACCAGGAGAUCUUCGUUUUAGAAUAAUUGCAUUAAAGCACCCUUUAUUUGAAAGGAGAGGAGAUGAUCUUUACACCAAUGUGACAAUAUCAUUAGUAGAUGCUCUAACAGGUUUUGAGAUGGAUAUCAAACAUUUAGAUGGCCAUAAAGUUCAUAUAAUGCGAGAUAAAGUUACAUGGCCAGGUGCCAAGAUGAGGAAGAAAGGAGAGGGCAUGCCCAACUAUGAUAAUAAUAAUAUCAAAGGAACUCUUAUCAUCACAUUUGAUGUGGAUUUUCCAAAAGGCGAUAUGACACAAGAACAAAAAGACAGUCUACAAUCUAUACUCAAGCAAAAGUCAGCACAAACUGUUUAUAAUGGGCUUCAAGGUUUCUAGGCACACCAAAUAUGAGGUUGUAGAUAUUAUCAGGAAAGAUACUUUUUUAUCUGUAGUUGUUAGAUAUCAAUGGUGUAUUUGAGGAAUAUAUUGAUGAGUCUGUCCUUUACCUUUCUAUGUCCAGUGAGAGUGAGUGAGAGAGAGAGGUGGAGAGAGAAACAGAGACAGAAUGAGAGAGAGAGCGUGUUGACAACUGAUAAUUUAUUCAUGUAUUACUCCAGCCAAACAUUGAAAUUUAUCAAGUUUGACUAGGAUUUUUUUAUUUGAAUUUAGAUUCUAAUGCUUCUAUAUAAACUUAACGCUUGCAAUGAAAAUUUUUUUCUUGCAAAUCUAUGCUGCUUCUUUUAGCGGGAAUACUGCACAGUGUCUUUUUCAUCAGUUUUCAUACUUUCCCCAUUUUGUCUAUUCUGAAAUGAGAAAUGAGUGAAAUAGAACAGAUGCUGGGAGAAUUUCUAGUUAAAGACUCUUGCUCCGACUUUCAACAAGGUUUCUAAAACGCAUUACCAGAUCAUUGUUGUUCUUGGUAAUGAUGGUAUAAAUUAAUGGGUCUUUGUUUUUCACAGAAAAGUGAUUACAUGAUUAUGCAGAUUAAACAUUUCAAGAAAACAAAAUUGCUGGAAAAGGAAGUAGAGGGUCACUAUUCAUUAUAGGUGUUGUUGGUUUCACAAUAUGAUAUAAUGGCAAUAUUACAGUGAAAGGGGGUCAACAUUGUAAUAGGUAGGUCCUGCACCUGUCAUCCCUCAUCAGUGAAAAAAAAAAUCUUCAAAUUGAAAGUAUUGGUCAUGAAUAGUACACCUUUUCAUUUAAGAAUAGCAGGCCCUGUGGAAAGCAAAGUCACCCCUGUUCUGGAACAGUUUGCUGUAGAGCAAAUGAAAAUUUAGCUGUUAGCUGGAGUAGCAUGGCAGUUGAAAAUGCAGUACUCAGAUUAUAUCUAAUCACACACUGACAUCGGUGUGUCCCAUUGUAUUUGUAAUCAAGUGACAUUGAUUUAUUUAUUUGUUGAUAUGUGUGUUUCCAACCAUAUGUUCCGUGUUACCCUUAUCUAAAAGUGCAUAUCCAUAUAUCAUCCUCAUGCUGGUUAACUUUGCUUGCUUGUUCUCCUAUGCAUUGUAGCAACUUUUUUUUUUUCAUAGUUUUAGUGUUGUAAUUACUAGCAGCACAAUUUUUUUUUAGAUUUAAUUUUAAUUCUUUGGAUUAAAACAUUCCAGAAAUUUUAGGGGUGGAAUAUAUUUUUUGGGGUUUAAAAUAGCUCUUGUGCACUUUCAAUACAAAAUGUCUGCAAAAUAAAAGUGGAGAGAAUCAGAAUACCUCACUUUUCACUAAGAUAGAUAUUAAACUGCACACACAUUAUAAUGUGUUUUUUCCAGUGAUGAUAUACAUAAAAGUCUAUACUUAUUGAAGAAUGCCACAUUGUAAUUUUGCUAAAGGGGUACAUCGUGUAUUUAACUCUGAGCACCAGUAUUCUGAUAUUUGCUCCUAAGAGCCAGAAUCUACUUAAUAUUUCAAUCACCAUGUACUGUAUUGUGCAAUCAGUAAAUUUUAGAUAAAUGAAUGUUUUCAAUUUUUUUCAAAGUGGCUUAGACAAAAAAUAGCUUUAUUCCCCAAAAAUUUGAUCACAAUUUACUGUAUGAUAAAUCUAUAAUUUUUGCAAUUGUUGUGAAUUAUCACUGUAUAAAUUACAGUUCUUUGCAAAUUGAAUGUAAAGAUUUUGUAUUGAGAAAAUAAUUUAAACAUAUAGUGCAUUCACACCUUGUUAUUUAUUACUAGGUAUUCACUGCAUCUGUUAAUUUGGUCAUGCCCGAUCGAUCUAUUUGGAGCUUUUAAAGUGAUAUGUCAUUCCAGUUUGGCAAGGGGUGGACUUGACAUUUAAACAAAUAUUAUGUGCAAGUCCAAAAACAUUCAAAUAGGGAGCCAGCGCAUUGUGGAUGAAUGUUGAUUGACCCUAAUUACCUUUGCCAAGCUAGAUCGAGCAAGCCCAAAAUUUGCUUGAUAUGGACUAAUCGAGUUAGAUUGAGCUGGUAGAUUGGCAGUGGGACCAUAACCUAAAAGGAAAGUCCUCCCUGUUUGAAAUGAGGUUUAAAAAAAAAUACAGAUAUGACGAGUACAAGUCAGCAAUAUUUUGAGCAGGAACUGUGGUUGAAUUCGUUGAAAUUAAUUCAGGCUAUGUACAGUUGAGGCCAGAAGUUUACAUAAACCAAGGAAAUUCAAGAAAAAGUUGAAGUGUGAUGAAGCAGGCUAUGUUCUGUGAUAUGUUGAGUGGGCUUCUUUUCCAUUUUCAUCCUGGAUGAUGAAGGAAUAUGUACUCUCAUUCAAAGAAUUAAACAAACAAAUGUUUUUGUAAUAAGUGAUAUAUUUAGGAUGCUUGUCUCUCUUACAAGAACAAAAGAAAAUAGAAAUCCACAAAACCAUAGAACUUGGUAAAUUGAAGGUGGGCUCCUAUGAUUCAUCAAGGCCCCAUCUUACAAAGAGUUAUGAUCAAUCUGAUCAACCUCAAUUAAGUAAAACCAGCAAUGCUCACGCCUAAAAUGCAGGUUUGUUUAAAAAAAUUCUAAAUAUGAUGUAUAUUCAUUCAUACAUCUAUUGUUUUCAUGUCAAUUUGGUGUGUUCUCCUUUGUUUACAGAGGACAUUUUGCAAAUUUCCUUUUAGAAAAAUUAUGACAGCGAUGGUUUUCACAUAGAGUCACAAUUGAUUGGAUCGAUCCUAACUCUUGUAAGAAGGGGCCCAGAGUGAUGUCAAUGGGAUAAUUGUAUUAGCUCUAAGAAUUUAAUUUCACUAAGAAUUCACAAAAACACCACCAAUGUAUUCUUUUUAAUAAAAUCAGUGAAAUUGUAUUUAUUUUAAGUUUGCAAUGUCAUACUCCUUUAUUGGAUGUAUAGUUGUCAUUUUUUGGAUUAUUAAUUUUGUGUGCACAGCCCCACAUGUCAGGGUCAUGUUUCUUCAACUUUGUUUAUCAAUGACAUAUGGUAAAGCUAAAAUUGUGAAAUGUGAUUGGCUGGGUGCCAAUUUGUCAGAAGUGUAGCAGUCAUUGAAAAACAAACCUUUAAGGAACAGAACCCAGCUAGACAUCUCUUGUAUUACCUUUAAUGUCUGGAUCAUGAUAUAUUUACAGUACACCAUUAGAAAUUGCUCAUUGUUUAUCACUAAGUGCCUUGCAAUAUGAAAAAUGAAUGUUGAAUCAUCCACAUUCACAACAAUGGUUUGUCACAAUCGUUAUUAUUCUCUACAUGUGUAUAUGUUUGUAAUUACAUAAUGUAUGUACUCUGAUGUACAAAUAUUUAUGUACUUUGUGGAAGUAUUGUUAUGUAUUGACUAUUUUUUCACCUUCUAUUGCGCUUGUGUGUUUGUGCAGUACAUGUUAAUGCAUGGGCUUGGAAUAGGAGAGGUAUAUUGGGUAUCCAUUUUACGAGUUAAAAUAAGGAAAAUUAUGUCAAUGAAGAGAUAAUGUAUUGCAUUGUUCUUGCUCGGAAUUCAGCAAAGUAAUUGAGAGCUUUAGGAAAAACAACAUAAAUUACUUCAAAAGAUUUUUUAAAAGUGUGGAGUUAAAGAUACAUGAAAUUAGUUCGUGCUGAAAGGAAAAAUGCAUGAUUUAGAAUGAGUUCAAUUAUUGAAAUAUAUGUUACGUGGAAUGUAACAUGUUAUCAGUGAUGGUGAUGUCACUCUCAUAUUAUAUUAAUUAGUUAGAUAGAUGGAAUAUUUAUGUCUCAUCUAUUGCUCUUUUUAUAUCUGAAACUACUGUGUGUGAACACAAUUAUUACAUAACUGCAGAUAUUUGGGCAGUUUAAUGUUCAGGUGUUCUUAUAUCCAAUCCCUGGCAUGGGGGAUUACUGUACAACACCAACAAAAACAGAAUUAUUUUAAUGCAAUGGCAGAGGUUAUUCUAUGAAAUGGGUAAUAUAUUGACCUUGUGCUUAUAUGAAAGAGAAAUUUGGGAAAACUUAGAAGUGACCUUACCUCUUCACAUGGUAUCUAAACUAUCUAGCAUUGUUGGUUAAUAGGAACUAAUGCUGUAAUUGAAAUUGUUUGUCAGAAUCAGAUUUCAAGUCAAAUUUAUAAUGCUCUACUCUAUUUUCCUCAUAAAUGAAUUUGAGAAAUGUAUUAUUAUAAUUUUCAUAACUUAUUUGAUGAUAUCAGCCUCUUCUGUAUGUAUUGUCCCAUUAUGUAACUGGUAAUUAUAGAAGAACAUUGCAUGCAUUAUACUGUAUUAAGAGUUGCCCAAACAAAGGCUUAUACAUUAUUGUCAAUCGCCUUAUUUGACUGAUUUGAAAGUCCAGUUCUGUUGCACUUAUGGUUUCGACACUCAUGUCCAACAAAAGUGUUAAAGUCGUUUCUUUAUGUGGUGUCAAAAUUACAAAUGACUUUACUGUUAUUAAAGUUUAUGAACACAAUAAAAAAAGAAAACAAAAAUA